GAUCCAGAGAGUUUUUGAUACCUACUCUCUCUCCCUCUUCUCGAGAGUAGUUUCAGCAGAAUUUCAGGGCCAAAUUAAAAACGCACUUAAAAUUCAAAAUAUAUAAAGAGGGGGCUAAGAGCACAGAACUUUGCUACAAGGAGAGUGAGAAAGGCUUUGAUCAGCUUAGGGAUUGUGAAAGUGGUAGUGGUCGGAAAUAAAAAUCUCCCUACCCAUCAUCCGAGGCUGAUCAAAAUCUGAUUGAAGAGUAAGAGCGUGGCUUUUGGAACACAAGGAUUUGCUGCAAUGUAUAACAAAAGUCAGAACACAAAAUUCGAUUCUCAACAACAACAGCAGCAGCAACAACCGCAGCAGCAACAACCGCAGAAUUUGAUGGAGAUGUCAACACAGAGGACAUCCUCGGAAGGAAGGAACCGAGACGAUCAGGAACCUGCUGCGGGAAACGAAGUCACCAUGGAAGCUCCUCCUUCGGGUGACGAGGACCAAGAUCCCGAUGAGGGGUUCAAAAGGAGGCGCCACACCCGCCACACACUGCACCAAAUUUCAGAGAUGGAAGCUUUCUUCAAGGAGUGCCCUCACCCUGAUGAGAAGCAAAGGAAAGCGCUUGGCCGCGAGCUCGGGUUGGUGCCUUUGCAAAUCAAGUUUUGGUUUCAAAACAAGCGCACUCAAGUGAAGUCUCAACAAGAGAGAUACGAAAACAACCUUCUGAGGGUUGAGAAUGACAAGCUUCGAGCAGAGAACAGUAGGUACAGGAAUGCACUAUCGAAUACUUCAUGCCCUAACUGUGGAGCCCCUACUACUCUUGGAGAAAUGUCCUUUGACGAGCAGCAGUUGAGGAUGGAGAAUGCGCGACAAAAAGAGGAGAUUGAUAGCAUGUCAGGACUUGCAGCCAAGUAUGCAGCUGGAAAAUCUGCGAGCAAUUCGUACUAUAACAUGCCAUCUAAUCAAAACCAGAUGCCUUCGCGCUCGCUUGACCUGGGAGUUGUUAACAACAACAGCAGCAUCAACAACAACAACAGCAGCAUCAACAACAGCAACAACAAGAACAACAACAACAACAACUAUGUUGUACAAGCGCAACCUGUAGCCAUGGUUGGGGAAAUGUAUGGUGGAAAUGACCCUCUUAGGGAACUCCCACUUCUUUCUAGUUUUGACAAAGAUUUAAUUUCGGAGAUUGGUCUCGUGGCAGUAGAGGAAAUCAAUCAGUUGACUCUGUCUGCAGAUCCUUUGUGGGUCCCAGGCAAUUACGGAAGUGAAGUUAUAAAUGAAGAUGAAUACCUGAGGCAUUUCCCUAGGGGAAUAGGUCCAACACUCUUGGGCGCAAGAACCGAAUCAUCUCGGCAAACCGCUAUAGUAAUGAUGCAUCAUAUGAAACUCGUUGAGAUGCUUAUGGAUGUGAAUCAAUGGUCAAAUAUGUUUUGCGGCAUCGUUUCAAGGGCAGUGACACACGAAGUGCUGUCAAUUGGAGACCAUGCAAGAUACGAUGGAGCCUACCAAGUGAUGUCAGCUGAGUUUCAGGUUCCUUCACCCCUUGUUCCUACUCGCGACAACUAUUUCAUCAGGUUCAGUAAGAAGCACGCAGGACAAUCAUGGGCGGUGGUUGAUAUUUCAAUGGAUCAUCUGCGACCUGGUGCAGUCACAAGAACCCGAAGACGACCCUCUGGUUGCAUAAUUCAAGAAUUGCCAAAUGGUUACUCAAAGGUCAUAUGGGUUGAACAUGUCGAAGUUGACGACAUCGAGGUGCAUAAUCUUUACAAAAAUUUGGUUAACUCUACCCUUGCGUUUGGAGCUAAACGUUGGGUUGCAGCAAUAGAAAGAACAUGCGAACAUCUUGCUAGGGCAAUGGCCACCAACAUACCCCAAGGGGCACUUUGUGUGAUAACAAGUCACGAGGGUCGGAAAAGUAUGAUGAAGCUGGCCGAAAGAAUGGUAUUGAGCUUUUCUACUGGUGUGGGUGCUUCCACUGCAAACGCUUGGACACCACUACCACUUGAUCUUGAAAAUGUUAGGGUCAUGACCAGAAAGAGCGUGGAUGAUCCAGGCAGACCUUCCGGUGUAGUGCUCAGUGCUGCAACUUCUCUCUGGCUCCCAGUUCCUGCAAGGAGAGUUUUUGACUUUCUCAGAUCCGAAAACACUAGAAAUCAGGUAUGGGAUAUUCUGUCGAGCGGGGCUCAAGUGAACGAGCUUGCACAUAUUGCUAAAGGGAGAGACCAUGGAAAUUCUGUCUCUCUUCUUCGAGUGAAUACUCAGAAUGUGGCCCAGAACAAUAUGCUGAUACUUCAAGAGAGUUGCAUUGAUGCUACAGGCUCAUUUGUGGUUUAUGCUCCUAUUGAUUUAGCUUCCAUGAAUCUUGUGUUGGGUGGUGGUAAUCCGGAUUACGUGGCCCUGCUCCCUUCGGGCUUUGCUGUUCUUCCUGAUGGGCCUGCAUUGAACGUAGUGCCCGGGCCCGUAUGUGAGGUUGUUGGAUCUGGACGAGGUUGUCUUCUUACGGUUGCAUUUCAGAUACUGGUGGAUUCUACACCAACGGCAAAACUCUCUGUUGGUUCAGUGACAACCGUUAACAAUUUGAUAAAGAGAACCGUGGAAAGGAUCAAAGAUUCAGUCACGCUUGACGGCGCCUAAGUGCUAAUUAAGCUCUCUCUCUCUCAAUAAUAGUAAGCAAAUUGAUAAAUAACAAAGAGAAGGAUGAAAGAUGAGCAAGGAAGGUGGUUCAAACUUUAGUGUUCAGAAGAAGGGAAACAAGUCAAUUAACGCACCUUAGAGAGUGUCCUAUAUGUAAUGUUAGAAUUUCUUAGGCACCGAAAAGUAGCUAGAAAAGUACUUCAUCAUCUAGCUAGGGAGGAUGUUAGGUUCGGGCAUUGACUUUCUCUAAAUGAAGGCGAAAGUAGUUCCAUCUCACCUUGUAUUAGCUAUAGAUAUAAUAAUAACUCUGGAUUUCUCUUGAUCUAUCUCAA